AAUUUCUGCUAUAGAAUUACUGUCAUAAACAUCGACAAUGACAUUUCAAUUUUAAUCAAAAGUAUUCCCUAUAUAUUUUGACUAUUCCAAUUUUGAAUCAUUUGGUUUCCCACCAUGUUCAAAGCAACUAAUAUUUACCAAUCACUCUUUCCAGUUUACGUUUGCUCGAAAGUUUUUGCCUUUUGGUAUAUGAAAAUAAGCAAACAGGGAUAUUCUAUAAAUAGAAUGGGAUUAAUAUUCUCAUCAACUUUGAUUGUAUUCUACAUUUAUAUAUUUUUUUGUAAAAACCACCUACAUUUGAAUGGUAUUGAGGAAAACAACCUGCGAAAUAUCGUGAUGACUGCUACUGUGAUAAUAAUCUGUAUGAGUGCUAUAGUUAUUCUUCUACAUGGAAUACUUUUCUGUGGUAAGAUUAUUGGAUGGAUAGACAAUAUAAAUGAGUUUGAUAACGAAAUGUUGACUCCACUGAAUUGUCUCAGUUUCAAACGGAGCCACCGAAAAGUUCAAUUCAACUCCACAGUCAGCUUUGUGAUCAUGAUCAUCUUUUUGGUUUUCAGCGAAACAGUACAUGGAUUUAUUCGAUUCAAAAACAAAAAUCAUGAACUGUUCACAUUCGCAUCUGCAAUUUUUAUAUUUUCACUUCCUGCGAUCACAACAAAUUUAUUCGUUUUGAUUUUAUCUACAAAGAUACUGAUAGUGAAGGAGAGAUUCACUUUGAUAAAUACUGAGCUCCUCAGACUGAGGAAGGAAUGGCACAUAAACUACCCGAAAUUGAAAAAACAUGGAAUCGGAAGUAUACCAAAACAAUUUGAUUACCAGUACAAUGAAGGAAUUGUGAUAAGUGUUUUGGAGAAGCUUCGUCUAAGUUACUGUCGUAUGGAGAAACUUAAACAAGAUCUGAUUUCCAUAUACGGUUUUCCACUUCUGAUAACUGUCCUGAGACUUUUCAUGUAUCCAUUAGGAUAUUUAUUGAGAUAUAUGGAAUGGUGUGCAGAUUCUUGUUUAAUUGAUAUUUCAGCCGCUUUCGUAGCUGGUCCUUUUGUCAAUACUUUACAACUUUCAACUCUGGCAUAUAUUGGUACUUGGACUUCAAAGGAGGCUAAAAAGGCAGCAUUUAUUUUGCAUUCCAUGGAGCAUACGUCAGAGGAAAUGAGUGAAUAUAUCAAAUAUUUUUCCGGUCAAGUCCUCUUCAUGGAAAUAAACAUUACAGUUUUUGGUUUAUUCACCCUGAACGAGUCUUUAUUAUUUAGGGUGAUGAGUGAACUGAUAUCAUUUGUCAUUCUCUUCAUUCAGACAGGAGAAUCAUAAGGGAAAUAUGUCAG